GGACAAAUAAUUACGGGUGCCAGUCGAAUUUAAUAUGUCACGAGAAAAAGUCGCAAUGGCUUCAUUUGGAACCGACCCAUGGCUGACAGAGUACGAGACCUGUCAGCGGACAGGUCAGUCAAUCAUGGAGAAGAUUAAUCAGAGGAACGACCUACAGAGGAAAGGAUCCAGCCACUCAAAGAUUGAAGCAGAGAUUAGGCUGGCGCUGAGGAAGUUUGCAAAAAGCAUUGAGGUCUUGAAGGGACAACUCUUAAAGGCGUCAGGCAAUUACCAUCUCACACAGCGAGAAGUCGACAGGAGGCAAGGCCUCUUGGAUAGCCUGACUGCCAAGGAUAAACUCCUCAACGAAGCCUUCCGGAAAGACAUCACCUACACAGCUCCUGAGAGGACCCGGCUAUUGGCGCCCAACACAGCUGGCUUUGGUCAAGACUACUACAAUGAACCGGAUGAAAUCCGGAGUCUGUCGAUAAAUGAAAUACAAGACCAACAGCAUCAAGUUAUUCAGCAGCAAGAUGAAAGCUUGGAAGCAUUGGGCACCGUCAUAGCACGACAGAAACAGAUGGGGCAGACAAUAGGCACGGAGCUCGACGAGCACAACGAGAUACUAGACGAUUUGUCAAGGCACGUCACCAAGACAGACUCCAAAAUUGUCCGGGAGACCAAACACAUACGGACCGUCAGCCAGAAAGCUAAAGAUUGCUCAUUCUACGUCGUCAUCAUUCUUCUCCUGAUUGCCAUUGUUGUCAUUGCUGCCGUCCCCAGACCAUCAUAGCCUCCUACAGCAGCAGACUGCCCUUUAUCGCUAUGGCGACUGCUCAUCCUCAUCCAGCACUGCUACCGUAGCAACCAGAAAUGUGUAAUCAGGUGGGACAAAACAUAGGGGAAAGAGCGAAGAUGCCCAAGGGGGACAGUGAAGAAUGGUACACUUUCAUGCGAUAUUAAGCAGUGUGCUCAUUUGUGGGACCUCAUGGUUUAAAAGGUAAUAGUCUCUACAUUUCUUGGCAGAUUUGCACAGAGCCAUGACAACUUACAAGUGACCCGCACACAGCUCUUUAAUCAUGGCAAUUCCUGCCCUGGGAGGUAUAAUAAUAAAAUCCUCAUUGUUAAUGAGUCAUAAUUGAGAAAUAAAAUGAUGUCGCUGGGCACGUGCCGAGGGGAUAAGUUCAACAUAGCCACAUUCUUGUUAAAGCUGUUUUAACCAAUACUUGAACCUUUGAAACUCUCAGACUUUUUGGGGGGGAAUAGCUAGACGAUGUUUUCUAUUAUGCAGAAUAAACAAAUCGUCCACUAUCUCUCGGUGAUUCUGCACUCUGAGUUCUGUCAUAUGUGGGGUUUGAACCGUAGUUUGAACACUGUCCCAGUAUCUUCAUCGCAAUCUUAACCUUAUGACGUCUGACACAAUUAAGAUCUAAGCCAAUCAGCGAAGAUGGCAACGUACAAUUCCAGAGUAUUUGAGGAUGCUUUCUCACGGUGAAAGAAAUCCAGAGGUGCAGUAAGGUGUUCCAAGGGCAUACCCAAGGCAUACACGUUAUCACCACCAGUGGUGAUAGUGUGAAGGAAACAGGUGGGUCUGGACCCUUCCAUGUUCCAAAAAUACAGAUCCUUACUUGUUAUACAGGCUAGAUUGUCAUUCAGUACCAAGCCCUGUCAAUAUUCAGACGAUAUGACAAUAUGAUUCCCGAUAUUACAGAAGUUGAUAUUCACCCGUUUGCAGAGCUUAUGUCGCAGAAAAUGACAGAAACUUACUCAGAAAAAAAAUGGUCUUAACGCAUCAUAUUUGGCACCAACCAACAUCUGUUGUAAAAAUUACUUGUACGUAUGCGUUAAUAUGCACUCAUGAUUUGUAAAUACGAGAAAAUAUCUAUGUAUAUAAAAAAUUGGAGAGACGUAAGUUUACAGAUAUCUCUCUAUUUUUCCCCCCGAUCUGUGCACAGGUAAAUUCAGGAAAACACAACCCAGAAGUAGAACUUGCCCUCAAAUUGACAUUAAACUUUGAUGGGCCAGGUUUUCAAAUUGUUUUCUUUUUAUCUUUUUAUACCAGCUGAAUCCAUUUCUAGUGCAGUUUGUCGGAAUUUCUUUUAUUUCUUUAGAAAUCGAAAAGAUACCUUGAGAUUAGAAAAGAAAGCUACCUUCCUUUUUAUCGCAGUACCAUCAGAUAUUUUGUACUUUAUGGAAAACAGAGAUUUGCUUCUUAUUAAUUAGCAGUUGGUAACAGUAAAAUGUCUCAAUAAAUGAAAAUGCCGAAUGACAUCG